AUGUCGGCCUUUACGACGCUCGUCGCGUUCUUGUUUGCAUUCCUUUUUGCUAGCAAUGUCGACUCCUUGGCAAGCACAGACACCAUCACAUGGGGUGGUGACAAUAGUCGUGCAGGCUACCAAACAAAUCACAACAUGGACCCCUCAGUCGUUGCUGGAGAUGCUUUCGGUCAACUCUGGAAAUCGAAUCUACCAGGAAACUUCCAGGGCAUCGGUGCUGAACAGAUCUUCUCUCAACCGCUCGUGUACACCGGUAGCGAUGGCAUCCAAUACGUCUACAUUGCUACCACGCAGAACAAUCUUUACAAGAUCAACGCUAAGACCGGAGAUAUUGUCACUCAGAGGAACAUGCAUGUACCCUUCUUGACUGCUGAUCUCGAUGGUUGCGUCGACAUCAAUCCUACUGUUGGUGUCACAGCUACCGGUGUUAUCGACCCUGAUACUGGCAUUUGGUACCUCACAUCCAAGACAUACUCAGAUGCCUUCCAGAAUGGCGCUUUCUCGAAAGCUAACCCUCCUGGUCGUUUGAACGGCCGCUACUACUUCCACGCCAUCAACACCGCUGAUCUGUCCGAGGUUAGCGGGUUCCCAAAGAUGAUUGAUGGCCUUGUCUUCCGUAACAACCCCAACCGCAUGUUCAUCGGCGGUAAUCAACACGCUCGUCCCGGUAUGCUUCAAGUUGGUGACUUCAUCUACACCGGCUGGGCGUCUCAUUGUGUCAAAUGGAACUUUACUGGAGCUGUCAUCGGUUUCCAUCGCUCUACUGGAGCUGUGGUCGAGGCUUUCGCCAUGGAAGGUGGCCCUGAGCCUAACACUAUCCCUGGUGCCGGUGUCUGGAUGUCCGGAGGUGGUCUUGCCUACGACGGCAAGGGCAGCAUGUUCCUUGCUAGUGGCAACGGCUACGCGUCCCAACUCAAGGCAACAGGAAAUUCUUUGCCUGGUAGACAACCUCCUACGAGUCUUGAAGAAGCUGCCGUCAACUUCGCUAUAGGCUCAGACGGCAAGCUCACUCCUGUUGAUUUCUUCAUGCCUUGGGAAAAGACUCAGCUGGACGGUGCUGAUAAGGAUCUUGGUACCACUCCAUUGGAGCUACUACCUACCGAUGUCUUCAAGUGUGCCAAUGUCGCUCGCAUGGGUGUUGUGACUGGUAAGUCCGGCAAGACAUACUGGCUCAACCUCGACAACCUUGGUGGUUACCAGAUGGGACCAAACAAGCUUGACGCUGCCGUCCAAGUAUACCAGAAUGAAAAUUCGGUCUAUGCAGGCGCUGGAGUCAUGCCCCUGGGUGGUGGUUACAUCUACAUCAACGUCAUCCAAUAUCAGACUCACGUCUUCAAGUUCAGUUGCUCGGCGAGUGGUGAUCCUCAGUUUACCCUGGUCGCAAACACUCCCGAGAAGAACGCGUACAUUCUCGGUGUCGGCCACGGUACCACCACUUCGCUCAAUGGCCAAGAGGGAACAGGUCUCCUCUGGACUACCGAUGUCGAAGGCUUCAACCUGAGAAUCUAUAAUGCCAUACCGACUGAUGGAGGAAGCAUGCAGCUGCUGAAAUCUUUCAACAUUCCCGGCGUAACCAAAUUCUCUCGCCCCGUCUUUGGCAACGGUAUUGCGUACGUAGGUACGACCCAGGGCGCUCUGUAUGCGUUCGGUUCUCCCGUCAACCUCCCUCUCAACUGCUCGUCGCCAUAUACCUUUGCGAACACUCCUGUGGGCAAAGUGUCGGACCCGGUACAGAUCACUUGCAAAGCAAACAUCGGUGUCACCGUCAGCAGUGUCGCUCUGACUGGCAACCCCAACUUCAAGGCCGACAAGGUUGCCACACCUCUUACUUUGACUGCUGGUCAGACAUUCACGUUCAAUGCUACCUUUGCUCCUAACUCUGUUGGCCUGCUAUCGAGUGACAUCCUCGUCAACACGACCAACAAUGUCGCCAAAUAUUCAACAACUACGCCUAUCACCCUGAAGGGUACUGCAAACUCGCUCAAGCCUCUGUUGGCCAUUGCUCCGAACACUGUCUCUUUCAAUGUCAUCGCUGGCCAGCAAGUCGGCGGAACCUCCCAGUCAUCCCUGUUCAGCAACCGCGGUGAUACUGUGCUCACAAUCGGCAAUAUCACCUACUCCGUUGUCUCGGAAACUGGCCCCUGGAUCACCCCUAAUAUUACGGACAACGGCACUCAGGUCGGUUACUUUACGUUCACCAACCUUCCAACUACCAUCGACCCCAACAACGUCGCAACGGUGAACAUCAACUACAACCCAGACGUUGCAGGUAACCACGCAGUCUACGUCAAGGUGAACUCCGACGGUGGCAGCAGCUUGCUUGACGUAGUCGGUCGUGCAGGCACCAAUCCCUCUGCUCUUAUCGAGUUCCAAACCCCUGACGGCACGGGUUGGGUCACAUACCAGCCAGGGGUACCCUUCUCUUUCGGCAACGUCACCGAAAAUCAGACCAGAAAUCUGAAGAUGCGUGUCACCAACAAUGGUACUGGCUCUGCGGUACCCCUGUCGCUGACGGUCUCGAAGCCCCCUUAUGGUAUCCCCGGUAUAAUAGGGGCUGUCAAUACAAUUGAUCUAGCCGAGGGUACCCUCUUGCAAGCCAACGAGAGCCAGACAGCGACUCUCUUCUGCUCAGUGCCGAGAUCACAAGUAAACUUGCCUUCCUUCAUGGGUACCGCUACCUGGACCAUCAACACGGGAGACCCAAACAUGGGCAAACAAGUUAUCCAGUUCACGUGCUCCGCGAUCGCCGAACAGGUUGGCCCGCUCCUGACGAACGGCACAGCCCAAUUCAGCUACGUAGGCUGCUUCAAGGAGAACAACCCCGGCCGGCAAUUAGCCACAAAUCCGAUCAAUAGCAAAACUUUGACCAACGACAUAUGUAUCACAAAGUGUGCUGCGUUGGGUUAUCGCUUUGCAGGGAGUCAAUAUCAAUCUGAGUGUUGGUGUGGCAACGCGCUGCCACUUCAGAUGGACCUGGAUACCGACUGCAAUUUCAACUGCGCUGGCAAUGAGAACCAGACUUGCGGUGGUAGUGGAAACAUCAAUCCUGGCUCGCACAUCUCGCUAUUUGCCGAUCUCGCGCGCUUCGACGGCAAUACCACCACCCAGGUACAGCAUAUAGUGCCGUCUUACAACGGGUAUAACUACUUGGGUUGUUAUGCUGAAUCGGGAGGCAAGACUGUUUCUGCCGCUUCACAGGAUACCGGUACUAUGACCGUCGAAGCCUGCGGUGAUUUCUGUAUCGCAAAAGGUUACACGUUGUUCGGGCUGCAGUAUGCUAGUCAAUGCUGGUGUGGAAAUAGCAUUGCUACGACUUCGAAGCUCACCCUUGACAGCAAGUGCAAUAUGGCUUGCAAAGGCUCAAACGCCGAAUUUUGUGGAGCUGGUUCAUUGACGAGCUUGUAUGGCAAGAACAUGACGGCGGCUUCAUCAAGCUCGUCCUCGAGCGUCGUAUCUUCGUCGAGCGCGUCGUCCAUCGUGGUAUCAUCAAGCUCGUCCACAGUCGCCAGCCCUCCUCCAAGCUCAUCUUCCGGAACCGCAACAACCGCUACGUCUAACACAGCAAGCUCUUCGAGUGCUUCAUCCACGGCUGUACCUACGUCUGUCUUAGCUAACUACACGUACAUGGGAUGUUUCAACGAGACUCAUGAUCGUCGUGCCCUCAAUGGCCCCUCCAAAGCUGGAAAUACCAACACUCUUGAGAGCUGUGCUACUUUCUGCGCUGGAUAUGCCUACUUCGGUGUGGAAUUCGGCCAAGAAUGCUACUGCGGCACAAGUCUGUAUGCCAAUUCUAUACUGCAGAAGGACGAAUCUGGUUGCAGUGUUGCUUGUGCCGGAAAUUCGGCCCAAAAGUGCGGUGGAGGCGAUUUCCUCAACGUGUACUACACAAACGUCACCACCUCAUCCACAACCACAUCUGCCUCCACAAGCACGCCCACUGGACCUAUCACGGUGCAGUCGGUUGGUGGUUACACGCAUUUGGGAUGUUACAACGAACUUGCCAAUGGCCGCGCGCUCAACCAGUUGAAUAAGGCAGGCAGCUCCGUCAGUGUCACCUUUUGCGCUUCCUACUGCUCCGCCUACACCUACUUCUCAGUCGAAUACGGCCAAGAGUGUUACUGUGGAAACGCAAUUGGGUCGGGUUCGGCACCUGUGACCGACGGACGUUGCAAGAUGCCCUGUGCCGGAAACGCAACCGAGAUUUGCGGAGGUUCCUCUGGCCUCAACAUGUACCAGAAGGUCGCAGCUGUCUCAAGCUCCUCCGUCCUGAGUUCCUCUUCAGCGAGCUCUUCUGUCUUGAGCUCAUCUGCAACUGGAUCGUCUGUCCUGAGCUCAUCUGCAUCAAGCUCCUCAGUUUUGAGCUCCUCAUCAAGCUCCUCAGUCCUGAGCUCCGCCACAUCGAGUGCAUCCGAAUCAUCAAGUUCGGCGCCAAGUUUCUCCGGCUCGGCACCCGGCACAGGUUCUACCUCGUCGUCGUCAGUUUCAUCUUCUGCAAGCUCUUCGGCGGCCUCGUCUUCUAUCGCUACUUCGACCACUAGCAGCAUCUCAUCAGCAUCAGCGACACCGACUGGACCUGUCGCUAAGCAGAGUGUUGGUGACUAUGUCUAUCAAGGCUGUUGGACCUGGAGUUUUGCGCAACUUUCUGCACAGGAUACACCUAUUUCGCAACAGAAUACUCCUCCGAAUGCUACUGCUCAAACACUGUAA